UCGGCGAAACCAAUUUUCCGGUAGUUGCGGCUUCCAGCUGGCAUCACCGAGACCCUGUAGCUAGUUGCGCCCUCAAUUCCGCUCGAUCAAAUCCACCACCAAACAACCCGCCAUGUUGUUCCCGUCCUUCGGACUGCUCGCUGCUGCGAGCAGCAUCUUCACCGCCGCGGUCGCCCAUAACAUCCAAAUGAAAGCCCACAUGCGCGAAUGCUUCCACGAACAACUGCACAAGGACGAUACCAUGACGGUUACAUUCCAGGUCGGCGACAGAGAAUUCGGUGGCAGCGGGAACCUUGACAUUGACUUUUGGACUCCGAGCCGACACUUCCAGAUCCACCAACGAGGCGUGUCUUCGGGCGACCACUCGUUUACCGCGCAAGAGGAUGGCAAAUACACAUAUUGCUUCAACAAUGAACACUGGGGAGCGAAUACCAAGGAGGUGUCGUUCAAUGUACACGGCAUCGUCUAUGUCCCCGAAGAGCAAGCACCCAAGGAUCCGCUCGAAGUUGAGGUUCGCUCCCUGUCAGAACUUGUUGCCCAGGUCAAGGAUGAGCAGAGCUACAUCGUCGUUCGCGAACGCACCCACAGGAACACGGCCGAAAGCACCAACUCGCGGGUCAAGUGGUGGAGCAUUUUCCAAAUUAUCGUUGUCGGUGCCGAAGGCGUGUUUCAGGUGUGGUGGUUGAAGAGAUUCUUCGAGGUGCGCCCCGGAAGCAAAUGGUAG